AUGGCGGCGAGCGGGUUCCUGAACAAGACCGGCACCUGUUAUGUCGAGAAUGUAUUGAGCAGCAAUGCUAUCUGGCGGGAACCGGGCCCCCCCCGGAUAUCCGUCGGCAUGCUCCUCAAACAGAUCGGGAUCAUCAUGUUCAUGUCGCAUGCCCUCUUCUUCGUCCUCAGACCUCUUCGCCAACCUCGGAUCGUCUCUGAGAUUCUCUGUGGUUUGCUGAUCGGUCCGACCGCGUUUAGGAAGACCCCCUUGGCCGCAAAGAUUUUUCCGGUGAGGAGUUUCGCAAAGGUCGAGACGAUCGGAUAUUUCGGCCUGAUGUACCAUCUGUUCCUAGUCGGGCUUCGGUUCGACCCAUCUGCAUUGGCGUUGAUCGGGAAGAAGGCCACCUUGAUCGGGCUGGCGGCGUUCUUCCUUCCCGGGAUCGUCGGGAUAAGCACCUUCUACAUAGUGAACAGCCUCAGCGUGCUCAAGAAUGGAAAUCCGCUCGGCAUCGUGUUCUGGUUCCUAGCCCUGACGAUCACGGGGUCGCCCGUCCUGUCGGAGAUCCUCACGAGCAUCAAGCUCCUCCACAGCGACAUUGGGAGGACCGCAAUGGCCAUGGCCGUCAUCAGCGACGUCUGCUCGUGGGUCCUCAUCAUAAUACUGAUGCCAAUCAUCCUCGGGGGCGCCGAAAGCUUUCAUUUUCCGUUUCUCGCGGCCGUCGGAUUCAUAUCGGUAUCCCUUUUCGGAGUCCGUCCAGCUCUCGCGUGGAUAAUCAAGAAGACUUCCAAGGAUAGAGAUUACAGCGAUCACUACGUGGUGAUCAUCCUGAUGGGGGUCUCGCUUUUCGGGUUGAUCACGGACAUCAUCGGCACGCACGCAGUGGUCGGCGCGUUCGUGUUCGGAUUGAUCAUGCCGAGCGGGGACCUCGGGUCGAAACUGGUGCUGAAGAUCGAGGAGUACACGGCCGGCAUCCUGUUGCCUUUCUUCUACGUGGUGUGCGGGAUCCGCGCGAAUCUGUGGGAGCUCGGAAGGCUGGAGGAUUGGGCACUGGCUGCUCUCGUGAUAGGCAUGGCCUGGUCGGCCAAAGUCCUGAGCACGCUGGGCAUUGCCAUGUUCUUCAACAUCCAACCUCGGGAAGGUGCUGUCCUAGGAUUGCUCAUGAACUGCAAAAGCCUCUUGGGUUUGGCUCUGCUUGACGUGGCUUGGGACAACGCGGUACGAUUUAGGUUUUUGGUGCAAACUUUCCAUGCCAUUUGCUAG